CUUGAGCUUAAGUUACCAAUCAGAUGAGUGAAGAUAUCACCACUACUGGGAUCGGCGAUGCCAUAAUACAUGAGCUCAACGAGUGUGAUUUGAUGAACACCAGAAGGUAAAUGCAACUUGGAUCCAGUAUUCCGUUCCACCUUAGUGUGAGAUCAUUCGCAAGAAGCCAGGUUCAAACUGCCUUUGGACCCUUUCGACAGAGGCAGAUCGCCUCUGACUAUAAUCACCUGCUUGGCGAAAAAUCAAAGGACCCUAUCAUUGCUGCAUCUUCCAGUCAUAGCCCGGUGGGAGAAUGUAUCUGCUGUUAGUGUUGAGCUCAAAAUGGAGCGAGACAUUUCCUUACAAAGACAUGAAGCCACUAGUUACAUGCUGUCUCUUCUAACUUAAGGAGAAGGCCUAAUAUAAUGACCUCCAUGCUCUUCAACAAAGGAGUUCAGUCACACCAUGAAAGGGAUCUCGUCUCUCCUUUUGUAAUCUCAGUCUAAGGAGAAUCAAUGACAUGAGCGGCCCCCUGGCAUCCAAGACAGGCAAUUCGGUAGACCUCAUAAUUUCGGCGAUAAAACCGAUGCUGACCUACUUACGGGUCCUGUCAGGGGCUAUGCAAAUUGCAGAUCGCGAUAUUAUCAUUCGACGAAGAUCAUGCAAGGGCUCCUUGUACACCAUCAUGUCGUUUCAAGG